UGGCUGUUGAGGUAGGGAAGCGUAUGGUUGCCAAGGAGCCGGCUACUUCCGGUUUUCAGGGCUUUUCGGUUAUAACGUUACUUGAUGGAGACGGCUGUAGAUUGCAGAAGCAGUGAAAUGGCGAGUGUAGAAACUGAGGUCCUUCGAGACCAAGUGCAAAAAUUAAGAGCAAAAUUGAAGCAGUAUGAAGAAAAGGAUUUUUCUCAACAUAAUAUAUUACAGACUUCUGGUAAGUUAAGGAAUUAUGAGACUUCAUCCUCCACUCUAGUUGAAAAAAGAAAUGCAGAUUUCAUAAUUGGAGAAUUUGACAAAUACAGCGAGGAUAUGAGUAACCAACUCCAUUUAUGCCAGACUGAAAUGGCUGAAAUGAGAUUAAAGCUAGAAAGCAUUGUAAAAGAAAAUGAGACGCUUCACGAACAAUUAAAAGAGUCCCUGGAGAAGCAGCUGGAAUCGCUUCCUACUAAUGCUGCUUUGGCCAGCGAAGCUUCUACAGAACAAGAAUUGAUUAGAAACCUACAGGAGCAAUUGCAACUUGCAAAUCAAGAAAGAGACAAUGCGUUACAGCUGUGGCAGACGGUUGCACAAGAAAUGGAUCGCUUGCAAGUAGUGUAUCAGAAACGUAUGACUGAUGCACACAUACAUGUGGCAGAGAGACAGAAGCAAAAGGAAGAGCUAGCAAAUCUUCAGCAGCUAACCAAACAACUCCAUGGGGCACAUGAAAAAGUAGAGCAGACAAACCAACAAUUUCUUCAUACAGUGAGUGAGCAGCAAAUGGAAAUCGACCAGCUUCAAAAGCAGCUUCGGCAAGCAAAAUUGGAUGUAAAAGUAGCAAAUAUGAAAGCUGAAGAAAUGGCUACAGUUGUAAAAACACUGGAAGACCAGGUGAAGAGAAAGGAAGAAGAGGUGUUGGCAGCCCGGGGCAAGGAAGACACGACAGACAAACGGGUGCAACAGCUUCAGACUGCUGUAGCACAAUUAGAAACCAGGCUGAAAGCAGCAAUGCAAGAUGUAGAACAGUUAAAAGGAGAAAAAACGCGAUUAGAAAAGCACCUUGGGGAGCUACAGGCAAAAAAUUCAGAGCUGAAAGUGGAGAAGUAUGAAGCAGUGUCCAGAGUGCGGGAUAGUUUACAGAUCAUAGAAGAAGCCAACCUACAGAAAGAUCAGGCACUCUUAAGAGAAAAGCAAAGGGAGGAAGAAAUACAAACUAUGAAACAGGCUGUUGCUAAGAUAAUUCAAGAAGCUGCAGCGAGAACACGGAAAGAGGUAGAGAGUGCCAAAAAGCUGUCUAAUGUAAAGAUUUCACAGUUGACUGAUGAUAUCUCUGUGCUACAAAGGGAAUGUGCUGAGAAGCAAAGCCUUAUUGAGCGUGCCUUAAGAGACAAGCGAGCAGCAGAGGAAGAACUGGAGAAGGUGUAUCGAGAAGGCCGGGGAAAUGAGAGAGAUUAUAGGAAGCUGGAGGAGCUACAGCAGCGAUGCCUGAUUGCCGAACGCACAAAAGAUGACCUCAAGAUAAGUCUGAGUACAGUGCAAAAGAAAAUGAAGCAACUGGAACUAAACUCUGAAGAGGAGUUGUCAAGGUGCCAUGAAACUAUUCAAAAGCUGAACGAGGUUUUGGAGUCAGAAAGAAAAGAGAGUAGCUCUGUGAGUGAAGAAAGGUUGAAACUCAUGCAGGAAAAUCAACAGUUGAGGAAAGAUGUGGAGGAAUGGAAAAAGUCAGCUACAGAAGCACAGCAAAAAGUCACGUUUCAGUUAAGGACUUUGGCAAAUGAAUUUUCGGUGAAGGAGCAAGGCUUUAAGGUGCAGUUACAGGAAAUGGAGGAUGGAUGUGGAAAGUCUAUAGGAGAAUUAAUGAAACUUUUGAUGGCUCAGCAAAAAGCAAGUUACAAAUGGAAAGAAGAGACAACCAACCUUACUGAAAGCACAGAAAGCAGAUUGAGAAAACUGCGAAGUCAGCUGAACGAUCAGAAGAGACACAAUCAAGAAUUAGUUUCUCAGUUGGAAACCACCCAUGAGAAAAAUGUUGAGUUAGAAAACUCGAUAGCAGAUUUACAGCAAAAAAGCAUCAGGCUUCAGAAACGUCUGGACCAAGCAGAAGAGCGAGCAGUAGAGGCUUCAAAACAGCUCAGUCGUAUUGUUUCCCAGAGGAGAAAAACAACUCAUGAACUGGACCUUGAAAAAAUCUAAAAAUAAGAUUACAACUCUUAUAAUUGGGAUUAUCUAACCUGCAGUAACAGAUGGGAGAACAUUAAGUAUUGAUGACUUCUUGUCAGUGCUGUGGCGACAGCAAUACAAACCUUGCAAUUGUGGACAAUCAAUGACAGAUUUAUGAGAUAAAAUGAACAACUGUUAUUUUUAUACCACUUUUAUUCUAAUAUUUGUAUAUGUUUAAUCAUGCAAUUUUGUAAGAUUAAAUUAUUUAUACUUACGGUACCUUUUUUACAGUUAUCAAUUGAUAUUUAUAUUAUUCAUCAAUCACUCCACUUAAGUAGGAUCAUCAGUCCUCCUUUGCUCCACCCAGUUGCUUAAAAUAUUUGCAGACUCUUCCACCAUUAAACACAUCAUUUUUUGACUGUAAUUUUAUUGUUAAAAAAGUGAUGGUUUAAAAGAAAAAAAAAAUGGCACCUGUUUCUUUGCAUUUUGGAUGGCAUAGCUGGGUUAGGGUUGACUUUGCAAGGUCUGAUGAUUGGGUGACAUCCGUUUUGAGCUCCUAUGAAUGUAAAGUGGGCGAUGAUGCAUACAAUGUAUGCAUUUCCACUCUGAUGUACAGGAGCAUAGAGUCCAGCUGUAAUUCCUGCCACUGUACUGUGCAUACAUCCUACUAAUGGUGCAAUCUACCUAAUGUGGAGAUGUCUCAUUUACCUUUUGGAACUGUCUUCAUUCUUCAUGGCAUACUAUUUACAAGGUGUUGAAACAUUCCUCAGAGAUCUUGGUCCAUUUAGACAUGAUGUCAUCACACACCAGCAGAUUUUCUGGCUGCACAUCCAUGAUGCAAAUCACCCGUUCCACCAAAUCACAAAUUGCUCUAUUGAAUUGAGAUCUGGUUACUGUGGAGACCAUUAAAGUACAAUGAAUUGAUUGUUAUGGUCAAGAAACCAGUUUGAGAUAAACUAAAUAUUGUAAAAUGUAGCUUUAACCUGCUGGAAGUAGCCAUCAGAAGGUGGGUACACAUAAGGGGAUGGGGAUGGACAUGAUCAGCAACAAUACACAGGUACAAGCAAAAGAAUUACGACAACACACUGCUAGUGCUAAGAUAUAUGUGUAAUACAACACUUUUUUCAUUGCAAUACUGCUAUAGAGAAAAUUAGAGGUUCUUGGCUUACCAUUUGGCCAAAUAGUGUGUACCAUCCCAUCACGAUAAGGUGACCUCAGUUGGGACGGACCCUACAUUAUAGAUGCCUAUCUUGGGCUCUAAGCCUACAAGUUCUGGGCAUGUAAGAUCCAGCUAUUCCCUACUUAAAAACACCUAGUGGAAUAGGUGGAGUGCACGCACCAAUAUAGAGUCAGCCACUCCCUCCACAUAUGUAACAUAAAAUGAUCAGCACAUCCUACACAACUAUUGUAUAUAUCAAGAACACAGGUGCAAGCUGCUGCGGCUGAACUACAAGUACAAGCAAAGGAAUUACAGCAGCACACUGCUAGCGCUAGGAUAUAUGUGUAAUACAACACUUUUUUUUAUUGCAAUACUGCUAUAGAGAAAAUUUGAGGUUCUUAGCUUACCAUUUGGCCAAAUAGUGUGUACCAUCCUACCACGAUAAGGUGACUUCAGUUGCCACUCUACCCAUUCCGCUAGAUAUUUUUAAGUAGGGAAU